AUGAAUAUCAUAUUAUUCGCAGUGUUGUUAUUUGUGAGAGCAGAUCACAUACCAGAAUUCAAAGCUGCCCUAGAUUUCAAUCAACUUAAUAGCUUCAAGCAACAUGUCCUUAAGCCAAUUAUAGGUCUUAUCUAGGGGGCUCAUCUCCCACUUGAUAUACAGUUAAACCAAUCAAUCCCCCUUAUUGGUAAAGUGGAACUAGAGAUCAAUGAAGUCUAUUUAUAAGAACUCACUCUUAAUUGGGAUGAUACGUUUAUCAUGCCUUAUCAAAAUAAAGAAGAUUCAAUAAUCUUACAAAUGAGAUCGGCAAAUAUCACAGUUGAAGCCUUCACUAGAUUGGCCUUUGGAGGAUGGUCAAUGUUAAAUACAGGCACCGUAUUUAAGUUGUAGAACCUGGAUUUCAGCUUAGUCAUUCAAUUUGAUCCCACCACAUCCAAAAGAUCAUGGGUAAGAAACUUAAAUAUUUUAAGGGUUUCAAACCAAUUAUCAAAUAUGUCGAUAUUGCCUUAUCACGCAUGCAAUUCAUAAUGGACAAUAUCAUCAUACCUCCUCAAGCUGGUAUCAAUGCCCUAGUUGAUCUUCUUACUCCCAUGAUUGUGAAGCAAACCAAAAAGAUGAUUCUCAAAGUUGCUUCACCCGCACUCGGAUUGUUAUCCUAAAAUCAAAGGUUACAGGUGGCCCAACAAUUUGGUGAUUAUAUGUAUUAAUUCCAAAUCACUUUCACCCAACCACCUUGCGUGAUCUAUGGAGAAACCACCUUCAUGAGUCUUUAAUUGGAUAUUCAAAUAGAAAAUGUUGACACUGGCAAUGGUUGUCCCAUCUUCGAUACUGGCAGCUUACCAAAUAGAGUGAACUCCAAUCAAGCAUUGGAACUCAUCGUUGGUGGUAACAUUGUCGACCAAUUGCUUUGGAUAUUGAUAGACAGCAAAAUGUUGGAUCUCACCAUAGACAAUUCCAGUUUGGAGAACAUCGAUUUGCCAAUUUCAUUAACCACAAACGGAAUGAAACUCAUCAUCCCUGAUUUCUAUGAAGCAUAUGGACCAGAUAAAGGCAUCUAUAUACGUAUGUAUGGACAGACAGCAGAACAAUAAAUGUACAUCAGAAGUGGCAGAUUACUCGGAUCAAUGACUGUUAUGCUGGACUUUAUUGUCGACACAGAAUCUAGUAAUUACCCAAACAACAAGAACAAUUGUGAAUCCUGUGUAAUUGCCUAUACUGCAGAAGUACAAUUGGGGCUUAUGUUGACACUCUAUAAUAAAUCACCAGAACUCUUUGCAGCUUCAGUCAUGCUUGUCAAGAUUAUAGACAUUGAUUAAACUUCAGGGGAACUCUUGACAGUUCAAUAGUUAAGCAUCAUGCAAACACUAAACUCUCUUGUUGGUGCUCUUCUUCCUUCAAUCAAUCAAGAUCUUAACAAAGGCUUAGAAAAUCCCUUUGUUGGAUUUUUUGGACUCAAAGAGAUUGAUAUCACAAUGGGGGAUAGUUUCAUGUCCUUAGGAGUAGUACUUAAUGAUUGAUGAAAUAAAUAGCAUAU